GGAGACGGGACUCGGCGGCGGCCGGGAGGGGAGGGAGGUACCGGCUGCGGCAGCGAGCAGUAGGCGGCCGGGGACAAGAGAUUCCGCAAUAUCCAGACUCGCCGAUUACUGAAACGCCUCCCGACUCCUCGGAGCCGGUCUCGCGCCCCCUCCCCCCGCGAUAAUCGAUUGUUUUACAUGAGGGGUAAGGGCAAUCGCCUGCCGCUGCGAGGACGCGAAGCAAGGAAAGGACGCUUCGGAGCCGCCGCCGCAGGACCCCACCCCCCUGGUGACUCCAGCGGUCUCCCUCCCCUGCAGUACUAAUCGAUCGUGACCCUGUCCCGUAAUCUGCGGGCGAUUUGGGAGAGCCGGUUAAACACCUUCCAUGGGGGAGAGAGGAGCCUGGCCCCUCGCCGCUUGCACCAUCCCCUCCCCGCUGGAGGCGGCUGCUCUCCUGAGGUAAAAUCCCUCCUGCCUUCCCAGACGCCAGGACUUCUGAAGGGGGGGUGAGGGGGUACCCCAUAGAGAACGGGGGCCUGGCGAGUCAGCCUCCCUGCAUCAGCCUCUCGUCCCCUGCCGCAUGCCGAGUCCCUGAGGUAAAAUCCACCCUCCCUUGCAGACAAGGGCUCCCGGAGCUGAAGGAAGCCUACCUAGCUCAGUAAAAGGAGGCGAGCCCAGUACCAGAAACCACCCUUCCAGAAGCAGCAGCAAGACACCUCCCUCACCCUCCUCCUGCCCAAGUCAUUGCCUGCUCUCACCCCCUCCCCCGAAUGCUGAAUGCAGAUUUCUAAGAUGAAACUCUUCUUCGGACAGCCAGGACUCAUCUGAAGGACACAAAUAUCUGAUCAUAAAUAGGAGGCGAGCCUGGCGAGCUCAGAAACCCAGACCAACAGGAGCAGCAUCAAGAAUCUACCCUUCUCCUGCACAGCUCACUCCCCUUUCAUCUCCAGAAUACUGACUUUCUGAGAUAAAAAUCUUACCCCUUCAGUAAGCCAAGACUCCUCUAAAGGACACAUACAAAAUAGUAUAUAUUAUUAUUAUUAUACACAAUAAAGGCUUACCGAGCAGCAGCAGGGGGGAAAAAAGCCUCCUGCACAAUUCACUCCCCCACUGAAUGCUAAAAUCCUGAGGUAAAAUCUUCCCAUAUUCACAGCAAGGACUCUUUUGAACAGGAAACAAAUAUAUAUUAGAUUAUAUAGAAUUUAUUAAAUUAUUCCAGACUUAAUUUUUUUUUUCAGCCAAGAGGUGGAGGGACCAGACGUCAUUGUUUCUCUUUUCCUCUUAACUCAUUUAUGGCCGAGUCAAGGCUGUUGAGGAGGAAAAAACAGGAUAGUUAAAAUCUCUUUGUAUCUCUCCCCAGAAGAUUUUUCUCUUAUUGCUGUGCAUUUCCUUUAGGAAAAGGAAACCUCUUAUUUUGCUAACCAAAGAUUUAUUUUUCUUUUCCUUCUAAUCAGAGAAAGGAAACAAACAUAAAUUGACACACAUUAAAUAUUUAAAGAGAUUUAUCUUUGAAAGAAUCAAAACUUAUAUCCAAAUCAGAAAUAUCUAAGGAGUGUGUGGAGGAAGAAACUGGAAUAUCUAGAUUAAAACAAGAUAUUUGCUAGUUCCUCUUUGGUGGAGGAGGAGAGAAACACUAAACGUUGUUUUUUACAGGAGAAAAUCAAUCCUAACUAUAAUAAAUGGGGGAUUACGGGUUUGGAGUGUUAGUGCAAAACAACACUGGGAAUAAGUCAGCUUUUCCAGUGAGAUUUCAUCCACAUCUGCAGCCUCCACACCAUCAUCAAAAUGCAGCCCCCAGCCCUGCUGGUUUUAUAAAUAACAACACAGCUGCCAAUGGCAGUAGUGCUGGGUCAGCUUGGCUCUUUCCUGCUCCAGCUGCCCAUAACAUUCAGGAUGAGAUUCUGGGGUCAGAAAAAUCUAAAACUCAGCAACAGGAAAAGCAAGAGUCUCUAGAAAAACAGCAGCUUUCCCCUAGUCAAAGUCAGGAAGCAGGCAUGCUGCCUGAACCUGAGAAAGCUAAAUCUGAGGAAAAUCAGGGAGACAAUUCUUCAGAGAAUGGCAACGGGAAAGAGAAAAUAAGAAUAGAAUCACCAGUGUUAACAGGAUUUGAUUAUCAAGAGGCUUCAGGGCUAGGUACUUCAACUCAGCCCUUAACAUCCACUGCAUCUUCUCUGACUGGUUUUAGUAACUGGUCAGCAGCUAUAGCUCCUUCUUCUUCUACAAUAAUCAAUGAAGAUGCCAGUUUUUUUCACCAGGGAGGGGUCCCUGCUGCCUCAGCUAAUAAUGGUGCUCUGCUGUUUCAGAAUUUUCCACAUCAUGUCAGCCCUGGCUUUGGAGGUAGCUUUUCCCCUCAGAUUGGACCCCUCUCUCAACACCACCCUCAUCACCCCCAUUUUCAGCAUCAUCACAAUCAGCAUCAGCAACAGAGAAGAUCACCUGCAAGCCCUCAUCCACCUCCAUUUACACAUAGAAAUGCUGCUUUUAAUCAACUGCCUCAUUUGGCUAAUAAUCUUAACAAACCACCUUCUCCAUGGAGCAGCUACCAAAGCCCAUCACCUACACCAUCUUCUUCAUGGAGCCCCGGUGGCGGUGGAUAUGGUGGGUGGGGAGGGUCCCAAGGGCGAGACCACCGCAGGGGACUGAAUGGAGGGAUAACACCCCUGAACUCCAUCUCACCCCUGAAGAAGAAUUUUGCAAGUAAUCAUAUCCAGUUGCAGAAGUAUGCUAGGCCCAGCUCGGCCUUUGCUCCGAAAUCUUGGAUGGAAGAUAGUUUGAACAGAGCCGACAACAUAUUUCCUUUUCAGGAUCGCGCAAGAACUUUUGACAUGCAUUCACUGGAGAACUCGCUGAUUGACAUAAUGAGAGCUGAAAAUGAUUCACUGAAAGCAAGGACAUAUGGGAGAAGGCGAGGUCAGUCUUCACUGUUUCCAAUGGAAGACGGGUUCUUGGAUGAUGGACGUGGGGAUCAGACUCUUCAUAGUGGCUUAGGAUCACCCCACUGCUUCUCUCACCAAAAUGGAGAAAGAGUGGAACGGUAUUCCCGCAAGGUGUUCGUAGGUGGACUGCCACCAGAUAUCGAUGAAGAUGAGAUCACGGCUAGCUUUCGUCGCUUUGGUCCUUUGAUUGUGGAUUGGCCACACAAGGCAGAAAGCAAAUCCUAUUUUCCUCCUAAAGGAUAUGCGUUCUUGCUGUUUCAAGACGAAAGUUCUGUACAGGCUCUGAUUGAUGCAUGUAUUGAAGAGGAUGGAAAACUCUACCUUUGUGUCUCCAGCCCCACUAUCAAAGACAAACCAGUUCAGAUCAGGCCUUGGAAUCUCAGUGAUAGUGACUUCGUGAUGGAUGGUUCGCAGCCUCUUGAUCCACGAAAAACUAUUUUUGUUGGAGGUGUUCCUCGGCCAUUACGAGCAGUGGAGCUUGCAAUGAUAAUGGACCGGCUGUAUGGAGGGGUAUGCUAUGCUGGAAUUGACACAGAUCCUGAGCUGAAAUACCCAAAAGGAGCUGGGCGGGUUGCAUUUUCUAAUCAACAAAGUUACAUAGCUGCUAUCAGUGCCCGCUUUGUUCAGCUGCAGCAUGGAGAGAUAGAUAAACGGGUGGAAGUUAAGCCAUAUGUCUUGGAUGAUCAGCUGUGUGAUGAAUGUCAGGGGGCCCGUUGUGGUGGAAAAUUUGCUCCAUUUUUCUGUGCUAAUGUUACCUGUCUGCAGUAUUACUGUGAAUAUUGCUGGGCUGCUAUCCAUUCACGCGCUGGCAGGGAAUUCCACAAGCCCCUGGUGAAGGAGGGAGGAGAUCGCCCAAGACAUAUUUCAUUCCGCUGGAACUAAAAGAUUACUGCAGUGCUCAUAUGCAGGCCUCAAAAUAAGUGCACUCUUCUGUUAUCCUGAUCCCUCCCCACAAUCCCCCUUAUUCAAGAUAGCAUGUCCUUUUGUAGUAGUCUGUAAUUUAACAAUAGUAUAAUGAAAGAAUGACCUAUAAUAUGGGUAUUUUGUAGAAUCUUGUCAUUGAAAACUGUAUUGGGAACUCCUUUUCGUAUUGAUAACAUGUUGCACGUAAGUUACAUCCUCUUGUCUUUGGUAUCAAGAGGACACUUACUUCAUGCAACGUUUUCAUAGAGGAGAGAAAAAAAUGUUAAAAGAGAAAUGAAAUAGAGUAUUUUGUUUUUUUAAUUAAAUUAUUGUUAAUAAAAACAUAAGAAUACUUUUAUUAAAAUAACCAUGCAACAAUAACACUAUCAGUCUGUUCUGACACUCCCCUCCUUCGCCCCGCCAAGGGAAGCCUGUUUUUUUUUUUUUGUUUGUUUGUUUUUUUUUUUGUUUGUUUUUUGGCCUUUUCUUACUGUUAAAUUUUACAGCAAUGAAAGAAGCUAGCAACUGCCUAGGAAAGAGCAUGUUUAAAGCAACAAAAAUGCAUGAGCAAGGUUAAAGCAGCAUUAUAACAAUUAUUUUUACUUAUGUUAAGGGUUUUGAGGCUGAAUUUUUAGCACAGGAUAUAUCUCACCAUGUCUCCAACUUUCAACCACAUCCAAAGUACUAAUCAAAUAGGCAGAUCUUAGUAUAUUUUAUCAAAACAAUUACCGUUUAAAGGUUCCCAAAUAUAAAAGUUGGGUAAAAUUACUACUGAGUGGAGUGUGGGGCGGGGGGAGUGCACUUAUUACUUUUAAUUAAAAAGAGAGAGAACUCAAUUGUCUGGUUACUGCCCUAGAAAUCCUACCAAAGCUAGAGUAAUAACAACUAGUAAACUGGCAUUUCCUCUCCUGAAGGACAAAUGUAUAGAUUUUAUUUUUGAUGGUUAUAUAUAACUAUAUAUGCUAAUAUACUAACAUUCAUCAGGGGCCAGCCUUUGCUCUCCAUUUUGACAUGAAAAAUAAGAUACCUCAAGGAUAUCACUGAUUUUAUCUAAGUUCUGGUAUUCCACUGUAUCACAGACUAAAAAUUGGCUGCUAAUUGGUUUUACUCUUGGAUGUAAAGUCAGUUUUAAUAUCCUCUAACUUAGCUAGCUAUAAGGUAGAAAGCAUAAAUAGAACAAAGCUAAGUAGUCUAAGUCUGUUUUGCACUGUUUGCUGAACUAAUAAGUGUGUAAAUCUGUGCAAAGAGGCAUAUGCCUAUCUUACUCUUCCUGUAGAGAGAAUCCUAACUAAGAAUCCUUUUCUUCAGAACUUAGCAUGGGGAAAUAAAGAAUUACAGGUGUCUGAAGUGCCAACUUUGCUAAGUUAAUGCAUGCUUUAUUAUAAAUAAACUCCAGCUUGAGAAGCAGUAACACAAUACAUGAUAACUGAAUGCUUAGGGGUGAGGUGGGGGUUUUGUUUGAAAUAGUCUCUUAAUCCCCUGGAAGGGGCAUAGACUUCCAAACUUGAUUUUAACUAAUGCCCUGGUCAACUUUUAAAAUGAUUGUGUAGCAGUGUGCAAAACAAACCAAUCCAACGGCAAUCUUCUAAACUGUCUGACUGGCGUGGUACCAUCCUAGAUUCUCUCAAACCAAAGAUUUGCCUCAGCGCUGCAGAAAACAUCUACUCUGUGAGCCCCCUAACCCUCAAGAUUAUCUUUAUGAGAAGCAGUUUUUAUUUUCAAUACAGGCUUUAAUGAACUAUACCUUAUUAAGUUCCAAAGGUCAAAAUGGAGACAUUUGCUGUCUACUAGUCAAGUAAAGAAAGGGAGCUGCUUUUAAUGAAAUCCCUGAAAAUAUUGACAACAGUAAUGCAAAUGGAGAGUGCUCUUGUGUAGAUUGUCAGGGACUUUUUUUUCUCUGAAGUCCAUAAUUAUAGUUGGAAUGUUCCUUUUAAUUUUUUUAAUGCUUAUUAGAUGGCUUGGGGUGUGCUAUUGUGCCGAUCCUACCCAGUAAACAGGUGAGAUGGGUUACCAUUACAAGAAAUAACACUGUUUGAGAACUAGCUUUGAAUAAUAAUUUUCCCUUUGUACAUGACCUGCUGAAUUUCGGUACAGUGUUUUUGUAGCUAACUUAUUUUGUCAUGCACAUAAUGUAUAUUUGUUAUGCACUACUUUUGUAUAUCUUGUUUUUCCAACAGUGAGCAUUUUUAGGCACACUUUUCACUGACGGGAUAUCUCUUUAUGCAAUACCUCAAUUUUUCAUAUUGCAAAGAGUAGCUUUUUGUACUUUUAUUACUGAGAGAUCUUCAUAUACUUCAUUUUUUAAUAUAAAUAAUUUUAAUAAAUUUUAUUUUCUUAUAUUCUGCUUUUUAUACAUUUCAGUGCUCUGCAUACAUUUUGAAUUAUGGAUGUUGUGCACUGGCAAUGCUAUUUUAGAAUCUGCAGAGAAAAGAAAGCAUGUUGCUUAAACAUCUUAGCCCAGCACCAUGUAUUUGGUGUACAUAUAAUUUAAGAAAUAGUAUAUGUAAAGUUGAGAA